CGGGGUGGGCCCGCGGUGGCGGCGGCGGCGGCCGACUGGCGCUCAGUUCCGGGCGCGCGGCUAGUGUGGGGGCCAGGACGACCACGGGGUCUCAGCCUCAUGGCUGUGGCCAGCGUGACGCCCCCGGCCUCCCUGGACGCGCAGCUGCCCGGCUUCUCGAAGGCGCUGCUGGACGCGAGGCUGGAGGAGAAGUACCUGUGCUCCGCCUGCAGGAACGUGCUGCGCCGGCCCUUCCAGGCCCAGUGCGGCCACCGCUACUGCUCCCACUGCCUGGCCAGCAUCCUCAGGUGCGCCCCCCCCCACCCCCCCGCCCCCACUCCCCCCUCCCCCCGGGCUCAAGCUCUGCGUCGUCCCCGCAGCUCGGGGCCUCAGAACUGUGCCGCCUGCGUGCACGAGGGCAUCUACGAGGAGGGCGUCUCCGUCCUGGAGAGCAGCUCGGCCUUCCCCGACAAUGCCGCCCGCAGGGAGGUGGAAAGCCUGCCGGCCGUCUGCCCCAACCAGGGCUGCAGCUGGAAGGGGACCCUGAAGGACUACGAGAGCAGCCACGAGCGCCACUGCCCGUUCUUGCUGACUGAGUGCCCGGCCUGCAAGGGCCUGGUGCGCCUGUGCGACAGGGAGCAGCACGCAGGGCACGAGUGUCCGGAGAAGAGCCUCAGCUGCGGGCACUGCCGGGCACCCUGCUCCAGGGCCGACCUGCAGGCGCACCAGGAUGUCUGCCCCCAGUUCCCCGUGAGCUGCGACAGCUGUGGCCAGCAGAAGAUUCCGAGGGACCGAUUACAGGAGCACCUGCAGACCUGUGGCCAGGGCCGAGUCCCCUGCAGGUUCCAGGCUGUCGGCUGCCCGGAGCUGGUGGACAGCGAGGGGCAGGUGGAGCACGAGGUGCAGAAGCUGCGGGAGCACCUGUCGAUGCUGCUGGGUGGCCUCCUGGAGGGCCAGUGCCCGCCCGGCCCAGACCCGCAGCUGGCCCAGCGCUGUUUCUCGCUGGAGCGGAAGGCCGCCACCUUCGAGAACAUCGUCUGCGUCCUCAACCGGGAGGUGGAGAGGGCAGCCAUGACCGCUGAGGCCUGUGGCCGGCAGCAUCGGCUGGACCAGGAGCGGAUGGAAGCCCUGAGUAACAAGGUGCAGCAGCUGGAGCGGAGCGUGGGCCUGAAGGACCUGGCCAUCGCCGAGCUGGAGCAGAAGGUCCGCGAGCUCGAGGCCUCCACCCACGACGGCGUCUUCAUCUGGAAGAUCUCCGACUUCGCGCGCAAGCGGCAGGAGGCGGUGGCCGGCCGCACGCCCGCCAUCUUCUCCCCAGCCUUCUACACCAGCAGGUACGGCUACAAGAUGUGUCUGCGCAUCUACCUGAACGGUGACGGCACAGGCCGCGGAACCCACCUAUCCCUGUUCUUCGUGGUCAUGCGGGGCCCCCACGACGCCCUCCUGCGCUGGCCUUUCAACCAGAAGGUCACGCUGAUGCUGCUGGACCACAACAACCGGGAGCAUGUCAUCGACGCCUUCAGGCCUGACGUGACCUCGUCCUCCUUCCAGAGGCCGGUCAGCGACAUGAACAUUGCCAGCGGCUGCCCGCUUUUCUGCCCCGUCUCCAAGAUGGAGGCCAAGAAUUCGUAUGUGCGCGACGAUGCCAUCUUCAUCAAGGCCAUCGUGGACCUGACAGGGCUGUAGCUGCCGCCCUCCUCGGUGCGGGAACCUGCCCCCUGGGCAUGGGGGGCUCCAGUACUGUAGCGCACUGGGUGCAUCUCAGGAGCGGCCCUCCUCUUCUGGAACGUUCUAACGGAAACAGGUUUCCUUCCUGGCCCGAAGACCUGGGUCCCUGCACCCUCGGUUAGACCAGUUGGAGCCUGCAUCUGGGUAGAGGGAGGGUCACUGGGCUCAGGUCCUGGUGUGGACACUGGACACCUGUGACUGACCCUGUUAUGGCCAGGUGGUAAGGGGGCCAGGGGAGACGACUGUAGCUAUGUGGCUGCUCAAGCUAAGAGGGCAGUCGAGUGGGGUGGCCACGAGACCCCCGUGGGGCAGCCCUGUGGUGCCAGCCUCGCGCUUUCUCAUUAAAAGGAGCUGAAGAUGGGGCUGGAGCACAGCGGGUAGGGCGUUUGCUUUGCACGCGGCUGACCCGGGUUUGAUGCCCAGCAUCCCAUAUGGUCCCCUGAGCACCGCCAGGAGUAAUUCCUGAGUGCAGAGCCAGGAGUAACCCCUGUGCAUCACCGGGUGUGACCCAAGAAGCAAAAAAACAAAAAUAAAAGGAGUCUCGGGAACUGCCUGGC